AGCCACUGGGUCAACAUGAAAAUCUUGAUUGAGGCACUUCACGCCAAAGGCCACAAUGUCACAGUCAUGCGGACCCUAGAUAGCUGGUACAUUGAAGAAACUUCCCCACUUUACACGUGCAUUACUAUACAAAGCCCUGGGAGUUUUGAUCAGGAAUUUAUUAAGACAUUUGUGAACCGGCUCUUGGAAAUCCUGAGGGAGGGCUCCAUCUGGGCUCGCAUAAAACUGGAGUUAGAGGUGUGGGCCAAAACAGGAGAAAUGAUUGAGAAGGAAAGACAAAUACUAAGGGUCUUGAUGGAAGACAAAUCGCUACUGCAGUCUAUCAAAGACACCAAAUAUGACUUGAUUCUUACUGACCCUGUUUCAGUUACUGGAACGUUUAUAGGUCAUUACCUGAAACUACCCCUCGUCUUUAAUGUUCGGUGGACCAUAGUUGGUGAGGGCCAUUUUGCAAUAGCUCCGACACCACUUUCUUAUGUCCCUUUGCCAAUGUUGGGUUUAUCAGACCGCAUGAGUUUUUUUGAGAGAACAUUUAAUGUAGUCAUGUACUUUGUUAUUGAAUUACAGGUUAAGUAUUUUCUAACCCCAAGUUAUAAUGCACUGAGUCAUGAAAUGUUUGGUCCAGGAGUAAACUACUUUGAAAUAGUCCAAGGAGCAGAUUUGUGGCUCUUCAGGGUUGAUUUCAUCUUUGAGUUUCCACGACCUACUAUGCCAAAUAUAGUCUAUAUUGGUGGCUUCCAGUGCAAGCCUUCUAAACCUCUUCCAAAAGAUCUUGAAGACUUUGUGCAUAGUUCUGGUGAGCAUGGUGUCAUUGUCAUGUCUUUGGGCACCUUGAUUGGACAUCUUCCACAAGACGUAACCAGUGCAAUAGCAGAGGCCUUUGCAGAGCUUCCACACAAAGUUAUUUGGAGGUACAAAGGAGAAAGACCAUCUACAUUGGGGAAUAAUACUUUAAUGAUGGACUGGAUACCACAGAAUGAUCUACUUGGCCACCCUAAAACAAGGGCUUUUGUGGCACAUGGUGGAACCAAUGGGAUUCAAGAAGCUAUCUAUCAUGGUGUUCCCAUCAUUGGUCUUGGGCUCAUCUGGGACCAACCUGACAAUCUUGCAAAAAUGAGGGUAAAGGGAGUAGCUAAGACUAUUGAUUUUGCAACCUUAGAUAAAGACUCAUUCCUUCUAGCCAUAAAAGAAGUUCUUUAUGAGCCCUCAUACCGGGAAAAUAUGCAACGACUCUCCAAACUCCACAAAGACACACCGGUGAAGCCAUUAGACAAUGCAGUUUUCUGGAUUGAGCAUGCCAUCAGACAUGGUGGUGCAGCUCAUCUACGAACAGAAUCUUACAAAAUGCCAUCUUAUAUCUACCACUCUGUUGAUGUCAUGCUGUUCUUACUCUUUGUGAUCUCUCUAAUUAUCUUCACCCUAUAUGCAAUUAUGAUAUACGUCUACCAUAGGUUAUGCAUGAAAAAAACAACCAAACAGGAAUGAUUUAUUGUUUAAAAAAUGGCUGGUCUUUCUAAUAAACAAACCAGUCAUUUUAAAGCCUCUGUGUUCCA